GUUCAUCUCACAUGUACUUUUAGGAUGGAAACGCGAUGAUUUUAUACAGUCACUCACAGACAUUAUUUGUAGUUUAUCAGAUGAAAUAUCUGGAUGAGUGUGACAGCUUUAAUAGAUACAUUUGUUAUAAGAAUGCUUUGUAAAGAACAUCGUGUUUGGAUGUUUCUCAAACACUGAAAAGGAUUUUAAAAAUGUCCAGUCCAGUUUUAUCAUCAAUGAACCAAGAACUCAGAAAAUGCUUUGAGGUGUUGAAAGCGAAUAAACUGGUUUGGGACAGUGGAAUAGAUGAAUGUAAGCCUCUCUUGAGCUCUCUUGGAAAUCUUGCAGUGCAGCUGAAUGCGUUGAAAAGCGUCCAGAUUGCAAACACACCUCUGGCCAGUUUCCCUCGUUUACAGGACCGGCUUCAUUACAAACUGUCUCUGGCUGUGGAUGCGGUUCUGGGGAAGCUAGCUGAGAAAAUGGAUGUUCUCCAGCGUGUGCGAGAUGCCGUCGGUCAUCAGGUGUCUGCGGUCUUCCAGUUCUAUGAGAAAAACGCCGACACUCUUGACAUCGCUGGUUGUGUCUCCAGAUCAGCCGUCUGUCCCUCCGUCUCAGAUAUGUUAGAGUGGCUUCAGGAUGCGGAACGCUACUACCGCCUGCAAUUAGUGCAGAGAAGGAACCUCCUGCAGACGCUGACUCCCAGUGACCUUACGUUAAUGGAAACGGCACCAAAGAGAUGGGAAUCUCUACAUUCAGCCAGCGGAGAGGAGAGAAUCGCAGAUGCAUUGUGUCAGGUAUCAUUCUUCAUGGAGACUGAAUGAAUGUCAGCUGUGAUUAUCAAGAUCAUUUCCACAUUCGGGUUUGGCUGUUAUUCUCAGUAUCACAUCGAAGGAUCUUCAAUGAAGAGACAGUUUAUUGCCUGUAUACACAUGCAGCUCGAUGGAUCUCAGACUCCUGAAUUAAUUUUAUUUUGCUAAAUACAUGCUUUGCAUCAGCAUCAUUGUAAGAGCAGUGCUCUAUUUUAAUAAAUGUGGUUAUUUAA